CUUGUUUACAAAAAGCUCCAACGUCAGCUGAAGAGCGAGCGAACAUCCCAAAAAACGAAACUUGAAUCCGUUUCUUCUUCGCAGAGAGAAACAUAUAUAAAACUUUUUGACCAAUGGGAGGAGGAUUUAGAGUAUUGCAUUUGGUGAGGCCAUUCUUGGCAUUUCUACCAGAGGUACAGAGUGCUGACAGGAAGAUACCAUUCAGAGAGAAAGUGAUAUACACUGUCAUCUCUCUCUUCAUCUUCCUUGUCUGCAGUCAGCUUCCUCUCUAUGGUAUUCACUCUACCACCGGUGCUGAUCCUUUCUAUUGGAUGCGUGUCAUUCUUGCUUCCAACCGUGGAACCGUUAUGGAGCUUGGUAUUACUCCUAUUGUCACAUCUGGGUUAGUGAUGCAGCUCUUAGCUGGGUCUAAGAUUAUUGAGGUUGACAACAAUGUCCGUGAGGAUCGUGCUCUCUUGAAUGGUGCUCAGAAGCUUCUUGGGAUUCUGAUUGCUAUUGGUGAAGCUGUUGCUUAUGUUCUUUCUGGAAUGUAUGGUCCUGUUGGUCAGCUUGGUGUUGGAAAUGCUAUUUUGAUCAUCCUCCAGCUUUUCUUUGCCGGAAUUAUCGUUAUCUGUCUUGACGAGCUUCUUCAGAAGGGGUAUGGUCUUGGCUCCGGGAUCUCCCUUUUCAUAGCAACCAAUAUCUGUGAAAGCAUUAUCUGGAAAGCAUUUAGCCCCACAACAAUCAACACUGGUCGUGGAGCUGAGUUUGAAGGCGCUGUGAUUGCCUUGUUCCAUAUGCUGAUAACUAAGUCCAAUAAGGUUGCUGCGCUCAGACAAGCUUUUUACCGGCAAAACCUUCCGAAUGUUACCAACUUGCUUGCAACAGUCUUGAUCUUCCUGAUUGUUAUCUACUUCCAAGGCUUCCGUGUUGUGUUGCCCGUGAGGUCUAAGAGUGCUCGUGGCCAACAGGGUUCUUACCCGAUCAAGCUGUUCUACACCUCUAACAUGCCAAUCAUUCUCCAAUCUGCUCUUGUCUCAAACCUCUACUUCAUCUCUCAGCUUCUCUACAGGAAGUUCAGUGGAAAUUUCUUUGUAAACCUAUUGGGACAGUGGAAAGAAUCAGAGUACAGUGGACAAUCUAUACCAGUUAGUGGUCUUGCAUACUUGAUCACAGCUCCAGCAAGUUUUGCCGAGAUGGCUGCUCAUCCAUUCCAUGCUCUGUUCUAUAUCGUCUUCAUGCUCACUGCUUGUGCCCUGUUCUCAAAGACAUGGAUUGAAGUCUCCGGAUCUUCCGCUAGAGAUGUAGCUAAGCAGCUCAAGGAACAACAAAUGGUGAUGCCGGGACACAGAGAGUCUAACUUGCAGAAGGAGCUGAACCGGUACAUCCCAACAGCAGCUGCAUUUGGAGGAGUAUGCAUCGGUGCGCUCACUGUUUUGGCUGAUUUCAUGGGAGCGAUUGGGUCAGGGACUGGAAUCUUGCUGGCGGUGACAAUCAUAUAUCAGUAUUUUGAAACCUUUGAGAAGGAAAAAGCCAGCGAGCUUGGCUUCUUUGGGUUCUGAUUGUUUAUAUAGUCAGUAUAAAAGGGUCAAUUUUGCUAAGAGACUAGUGAGAAAUUUGAAAGCCUAAAAAGUAGCUUUCCUCUUCUAGCUGUGUCCACUCGAAGGUUCAAUAGACAAAAUUUAAGAGAUCCUUUGGGUACACACUUAUUGAUUAACCAACAGAUUUUUCUCCAUUAGUUGUUCAAGAAUCAAGAAUUUGUUAAAAUCCUGGGAUUUUCACAUACUGAUCAUAUUUUUGUUUUGUUUUUUA